GUUUGAGUGGGAUGCUCGCGGUGCUCUCAACCAUUGGUAGCCUAGCGCGCGUUAAGGAAAAACCGGACGCUUACUGAGGGAAUCCAGUCUGAAGUUACUUCUCCGUCAAAACCGUUAAAGAAGAGACGAUGGCUUCCAAGUGCCCUAAAUGCGAAAAGACGGUGUAUUUUGCUGAGAAAGUAUCGUCACUAGGGAAGGACUGGCACAAGUUCUGUUUGAAGUGUGAGCGCUGCAGUAAGACCCUGACGGCGGGCGGCCAUGCUGAGCAUGAUGGGAAGCCAUAUUGCCACAAGCCAUGCUAUGCUGCCCUCUUUGGGCCAAAAGGAGUGAACAUUGGAGGUGCAGGCUCAUAUGUGUAUGAGACUCCCGACAACUCUAACUCAGCCACAUCCAACUUGGACACUGCACCUAAACCUCAGGAGAAGUGGGUUCCAGCAGCUUCCAGGCCACCUUCUAAAGCUGGAAGCAUCACCACCUUCUCAGGAGAAGCCAAUUUGUGUCCCAGAUGCAACAAGAAGGUCUAUUUUGCUGAAAAGGUGACGUCACUGGGGAAGGACUGGCAUCGGCCGUGCCUGCGCUGUGAAAGGUGCAGUAAGACCCUGGCAGCAGGCAGCCAUGCAGAGCAUGAUGGAAAGCCCUACUGCCAUAAACCAUGUUACGCUGUCCUCUUUGGCCCAAAAGGUGUAAACACUGGUGGUGUUGGCAGUUACAUCUAUGACAAGGAGCCCAACACGGAGGCUCAGCCUUGAUUUUCAGUCCAUUGGGAAUCCUCAACCACAACUUCACUAUAAUCACAGCCAUUACCAGUACCUCACGCACUUUUACAUAUUCCCCACCUCUUGCCUUAUUACGGAUAACUUGUGCCUGCUUGGAUGUUUCUGCAGAAAUGUGAUGCCCAAACAUGCCUUGAUCUUGAAGUCCAAAUGUACCCCUUAAAGUCCCUUUGCCUUUUUUAUUGGCCUACUUGAUGGUCCUCUACUCACACAAAUGUUCCCAACAGGAGGACAGUUUGACUGUUAUGAUAUACAGUGGCUCCAAAACGUAUUUGGACACUUAAGUCACACUUAAAUGUAUGGAUGUCUUUGCAUUAGAUAACCAAAAUAUCAAAACAAUUAUUUUAACUGACUUCAUUAAUUCACUAAAAUGACUGUGACACCAGUUGGUUAAAAGUAAUUGCAAAAAAUGUCUUAGAAAAGUCAAGUUCGUUUUGAGAAAAGGUUUAACAUGAUUUGUUUGUAGAUGUCAUUUGGUUUUAUACUUUGCCUGUAUUGCAAUGACAUUCUGACCUUUUUCAGUGUCCUAAAGUGUCCAAAUACUUUUGGGGCCACUGAACACACUUGUCAAUUUGAUCAUGUCUGACUUGUCCUGUAUUUCAUUUAAUUGUAAUUUAUAUAAAUGUUUGUCUUUUAAUGUUUCUAGAGUCAUAUUUACCCAACAUUAAAACAAAGUUGUGUUAUAACUCCUCUUGAAGGUAAAACAAGAUCCCACUUUCAUCCACAAUACUGCAUGUACAGUAGAAAGUGUGUACUGAGUCUCUAGUAGCAGAUAAAACAAUAAGUUCACUGUUUUAUGCAGAGUCAUCGGGCUGUUUGAAUCGUUUGCUGACAAGCAAAUGAAUCUCGCAGGUGCAGUUGAGGAGCACAUCAUCAUAAAUCUGAACAAAAUUCUUCAAACCAGAUUUACUUUUUGGCUAUAUGGCAACAUUCCUAAGUUAAAGCAUUUUAAGAGAAGGUCUGCAAGCUGUAUGCAGACAUUAACGUAAAUGGCCAAGCUCUUAUUUCUUUAAAAGGGAGGACAGACUUGUUUUUAUGGGGUAGCUGGUUGAAGUCCACAGGGAUUGAUAGGGACAGGGGUGUGUGUGAUUUGGUGCUCGAUGACUAGCUGCAGUUAAUAUUUAUUAUUCCAAUCUAGAACCGUUACUGAAAGCUUAGAACCAGAUUAAGACAUGAAUACGCUUUUGAAGAUUUUAGGAGAACCCCAGUUUCUCAAAGUGAUGAAACUGAAGUAUUAUAUUUCCAAGUAGGACUUAAUCCUAUAUUAUGUCCAAUAUUUUGCUGAAACAACAUUCUACUGAAUGUGCUUUUGUACUCCAUGACUGUUAUUGCUGUUAUAAUGAUUUCUUUGCUGUUGCAGGCCUUUUGUUCUUUUGAAAAGGGAGCCUGCACUUGAGUCCUGCUGCUUCUUUCUGUUUAAUCCCAUAUUAAAGUUUAC